AUGUUACAGUCGUUCGUGAACCGCAUCGUUUUUGUUCCCCCACGGAACCCGAGCAGCCUGCAGCGGGUGCAGCUGCUGCAACGCAAGCGACACAUGCACUUUACGAGCAAGAGCAGCGGCGAGAGAAUUGCGUACUUCCACUUCGACUCUAAAGGCGAUCUCGUGACGAAGGACAACCUCGAACAGGUCGUGAAUUCCUCCAUGGUCUUGCUCUUCCACCACGGCAACGCCGAGGACCUCGGCGGCGCCUUCAGCUACGCGCAGUCUAUGGCCUGCGUCUUUAGAGUAGCGGUGGUGGUGUACGACUACUGCGGCUACGGUUUUUCCGGCUUUCCUGACGCUGCGACGCCGGCGGAGGUGACGGAGAAGAGCGUCUACAGCGACGCCGAUCACAUGUACGCCCACCUCCUCUCUCUCGGCUACCUCGCUCACCGCAUUAUUAUUGUUGGCCGCUCCGUCGGAGGUGGUCCGGCCUGCUACCUCGCUGAGAAGCAUCACGAGAAGGUGGGGGGCCUAGUGCUUAUAUCGACCUUUACCUCCUGCCUCCGCGUCGUCUCGUCUUGUUGUCUUCCGUACUUGUGCUGGUGCGUUGACUUGUUUCCUAACUACCGCCGCAUCGAGCACAUCAUGGAGUGCCCAGUGUUGGUGAUGCACGGGACCCGCGACAACGUCGUCCCGCACCAUUGCUCGAGCGAGUUGCUCGAUGACAUCGUAGCACGCCGCACCAACGCGUUGAAACGACUCUUGAAGAGGCGUGAGGCGACGCGGGCAAAGCAGGCAAACCGCUCAUGUACGCUCGGAGGUGCCUCAACAGGGCCAACAAACACUACGACGGCAUCCGCGGCUAUCAGCGUUGCUGACGAGCUGCUCGUCACCGCCCACCCACCCCUUGAUGGAGAGCCAGUCAGUGUGUUCGAUCUCUAUCGCCGCGCCUAUGAUGGCCUGCCCGAGGCGGUGCGGCAGAUGGCGGAGGAGCAUCUCGACGUGACCGCUGCCAACGUCAGCAUUGGGGCCUUUCACAAGUGGUUUGCGGGUUGCGGGCACAACGACAUCGAGGCACGCGAGGGGCACACCUUCUCGGAAAUGUUUGAGUAUUUCGUGCACUUUGCGACCGCCUUCUCGGUGGAGCGGGAGGCGCUGCUGUCGGGCAAGCCGCUCACCGAUGCAGCGAAGGCAUCUGGUGACUCUUUUAACAGGGCUGACAGUGAGACCCGCGAGUAG